AUGGAUAAGAUACCAGAAGACGUGAGAAACUAUCUGAUGGAAGCUCAUCAACUGUCUUCUCAGGUAAAGAAUACUUUAGUAAGCAAAGCAGCGUCUAAAUUGUACAAAUCAGCGAUUAAAUUCGGCGACGAAGCGAUCAAAUGAGUGCUUAAAUUAAUAGCAAAUUAUGAAAAAGAGCGACUAAAUUGUACAAAUCAGAGACUAAAUUCGACCGAGCAGCGACGCAAUAAUGAUAUUUCCAUCAUUGAAAUAUGUCAAUUUUCAGUGGUCCCUACCGAAUAAUCGUGGAAAUUACACAAAUUCCGAACCGAACCCCAUCGAAACAGUUUCUGUAAUCGGUGGCGGAACAAUGGGAAGAGGAAUUGCCAUUUCGUUCUGUCUCGCAGGAUUCCGUUCGAUUUUGGUGGAAGUCAAUGAUCAGGUGUAGUAAAUUUUUUGACAAAAAGUUAAUAUCAAACAACAUUCGAGCUGCUUAGGCUGUUGAGUACUGCAGAAAAGAGUUGGAAAUCACGUAUGCUCGGGAGAAAACGUACAAUCGACUCAACGAUGAGAACAUUGAAAAAUUGCGUAAAAAUUUGGAGAUUACUACGGAUUUUCAGAAGCUAAAAGAUUGUGAUUUGGUAAGAGGAUUCAUCUGAAUAUUAUAUCGAUCUUUAAAAUGACCAAUUACAGAUCGUUGAGGCGAUAUUCGAAGAUAUGAAGCUAAAAAAGGAGCUGUUCGCAAAACUUGAUAACAUUUGCAAAGACACGUGCAUUUUUGGUACAAACACGUCUAGUUUGGAUCUGAACGAGGUACAGUACCUAAAAAAAAGUUUUGAAAAUCAAUUUUUAAACAUCUCCAGAUGUCUUCAGUGCUCAGGGAUCCGACUAAAGUAGUCGGAAUUCAUUUUUUCAAUCCAGCGAAUCUGAUAAGAAUGGUAGAAGUUAUCUAUGGAUCUGAAACGUCUGCAAAAGCUGUUGCCACUGCUUUCGAAGCUUGUCGAGCCAUCAAAAAGGUUCGAAUGAAAGGCGGAAAUAUAAAAAAAGUCAUUUUAAACUUUCAGCUGCCAGUGCUCGUCGGAAACUGUCCCGCGUUCGUUUUCAAUCGUCUCCUGGUCGUUUAUCUGGGCCAAAGUCAGAAAUUAAUGUACGAAUACGGAUAUUAUCCGCACCAAAUUGACAAAAUAAUCACCAAUCACGGAUUUUUGAUGGGUCCGUUGACAGUGGCCGACAUGAACGGAUUGGAUGUGAUGGAGAAGCUGAAGAAGGAACACGGAUGGCCUUUGAACGAAUUAGAGAGAGAAAUGUGGGGAAGAAAGAGAUAUGGAAGGAAGAAUAGUGAGCUAUGAUGAUUUAGGACGGAAAACUGAAUGUGGGGUUUAUUUCAGACAAGGGCUUCUACAAAUACGAUCCGGUCACCCAUAAAAAAGAAGUGGAUAUGGAGGUGGAGCAGUUGAUUCGAGAAGUUUCACAUAAAGCUCGGCCCAACAUUCAGCUGCUCAAUGAUCAGGUUUCCAGAAGCUUCAGACCCUUUUUUUCUAUAACCUACUCUUCAGGACGUCAUCAACUUCUUGUUGUAUCCAAUGAUGAACGAAGGAUUCUUGUGCAUUGAGGAGGGAAUUAUUGACCACGAGAACUUGAUUGAUAUUAUGUUGUAGGAUACUUUUUUGUAGAAAACUGUCUGAAAUUGCAUCUUCCAGCAUUCUUGGUUUCGGUUGGCCUCUCCCAACAGGCGGACCAAUGAGAUUCGGAAGAAAUGAAGGAAUUGAGAAGGUUGCAAACACAGUAAUCCACUGGAACUCUCUGGAACCAAAUGACAGAGCGUACGCAGUCGCCGAAACGUUGCAGAAUGCUGAUAAAAAGAAUUUGUCAUCGAAAUUGUAA